CCCGCCGCGCUCGGGCCGGGCCGCCCCCGAGGGCUAAGCCGCCGCGAUGUUCAGCUUCGAAGGGGACUUCAAGACGCGGCCCAAGGUGUCCCUCGGGGGCGCGAGCAGGAAGGAGGAAAAGGCGUCUCUCUUACACCGAACUCAGGAAGAAAGAAGAAAGAGAGAGGAAGAAAGGCGAAGGCUGAAAAAUGCAAUCAUCAUCCAGUCAUUUAUUCGAGGCUACCGAGACAGAAAACAGCAAUUCUCCAUCCAGAGGAGCGCGUUCGACCGCAGCGCCAGCCUGUCUGGCUCGCUUCCCGUGCCUCCCGGCCCCAGCCUUACCCUCCUGGUGAGGCAGCUGCUUUUCUUUUAUAAGCAGAAUGAGGAUGCCAAGCGUUUGAUCUGGAUGUCCCAGAGCCUGGUCAGGCACAGCGCCCUCUUCGUCCAGCAGUUGGACGGGCCGGAGCGGCGCACGUGUCUAUUCCAGAUAAAGAGGCUGAUGAGCCUCUGUUGCAGGUUGCUGCAGAGCUGUAACGACGACAGUUUGAAUGUUGCGCUUCCCAUGCGAAUGCUCGAGGUAUUUUCAUCUGAGAGUACUUAUAUGCCUGUUUUACAAGAUGCUAGCUAUGUGGUGUCAGUAAUUGAGCAAAUUUUGCACUACAUGAUUCAGAAUGGGUAUUACAGAUCUCUCUAUUUGUUAAUUAACAGCAAGCUUCCGUCAAGUAUUGAAUACUCUGAUCUCUCUCGAGUUCCCAUAGCAAACAUUUUGCUAGAGAAUGUUCUAAAACCUUUGCACUUUACUUACAACUCCUGUCCAGAAGGGGCAAGGCAGCAAGUCUUCACGGCCUUCACAGAGGAGCUUUUGGAGGCACCUUUUACAGACCAGAUCUUCCACUUUGUGGUCCCGGCGCUGGCCGAUGCCCAGGCUGCCUUCCCCUAUGAGCCCUUCCUGCGGGCGCUGCUGGGGGAAGGGGGUGCGCACUCGGGGACACAUGCCAGGGCCCCCUGGCUCUUCCACUUCGUGCUGACUGUGGGCGAAAGUCAUUUGGGGACGCUCUCCGAGGAAGGGCUGCUGGUGUACCUGAGAGUGCUCCAGACCUUUCUUGCUCAGCUUCCGGUCUCCCCUGCCAAUGCCAGCGGCCAGGACUCAGCCAGCGACUCCGAGGACGAGCACGAGGAGGCUGGCGAGCAGCUGAGUGCCCCUGAGGACGGCAGGCUGUCGACCCCGCACGUCACCGAGGAGUGUCUCAGGAAGCUGGAUACGAAGCAGCAGACCAACGCCCUGCUGAGCCUGGUCUGGAGGGACACGGCCGGGGAGGAGGCCUUCACACUCAUGGCCUCCAUCUGCCACACGCUGAUGGUACAGCACCGCAUGGCCGUGCCCAGAGUCAGGCUUCUCUACAGCUUGGCCUUUAACGCCAGGUUUCUGAGACACCUGUGGUUCCUGAUCUCCUCCAUGACCACGCGGAUGAUCACGGGGUCGAUGGUGCCCUUGCUGCAGGUGAUCUCCAGGGGCUCGCCUAUGUCUUUUGAAGAUUCUAGUCGAAUCAUCCCACUCUUUUACCUUUUUAGCUCCUUGUUCAGCCACUCACUCAUUUCCAUACAUGAUAACGAGUUCUUCGGAGACCCCAUAGAAGUCACAGGUCAGAGGCCGUCCUCGAUGAUGCCUUUCACGCUGGACGAGCUGGUGGUGCUGUCCCGCUGCCUGCGCGACGCCUGCCUGGGCAUCAUCAAGCUGGCCUACCCGGAGACCAGGCCCGAGGUGCGGGAGGAGUACAUGGCCGCCUUCAGGAGCGUGGGCGUCACUGCCAGUGCCGAUGUGCAGCGCUGCUUCCAGGCCGAGCAGAAGCGCUGGGUCCAGCUGUUCAAGGUCAUCACCAACCUUGUGAAGAUGUUGAAGUCCAGAGACACGAGGAGAAAUUUCUGUCCCCCGAACCACUGGCUGUCGGAGCAAGAGGACAUCAGAGCGGACAAGGUCACCCAGCUCUACGUACCGGCGUCCAGACAUGCCUGGCGCUUCCGGCGGAUGGGCAGGAUUGGCCCCCUGCAGUCCACCCUGGACGUGGGUGCCGUGUCGCCGCCACUGUCCGUGUCCGAGGACCGACAGCUUGCCAUCCUGACGGAGCUGCCCUUCGUGGUUCCCUUCGAGGAGCGGGUGAAGAUCUUUCAAAGGUUGAUUUAUGCAGAUAAGCAAGAAGUUCAAGGAGAUGGUCCAUUUCUGGAUGGAAUUAAUGUCACAAUAAGAAGAAAUUAUAUUUAUGAAGAUGCUUAUGACAAACUAUCCCCAGAAAAUGAGCCUGACCUGAAGAAGCGCAUCCGCGUGCACCUGCUCAACGCGCACGGGCUGGAUGAGGCCGGCAUCGACGGGGGCGGGGUCUUCAGGGAGUUCCUCAACGAGCUGCUCAAGUCAGGCUUCAACCCCAACCAGGGGUUCUUCAAGACGACGAACGAGGGCCUCCUGUACCCCAAUCCAGCAGCCCAGAUGCUCGUGGGAGACUCCUUUGCCAGACAUUACUACUUCCUGGGCAGAAUGCUCGGAAAGGCCCUCUACGAGAACAUGCUGGUGGAGCUGCCCUUCGCCGGCUUCUUCCUGUCCAAGCUGCUGGGCACCAGCGCUGACGUGGACAUCCACCACCUGGCCUCCCUGGACCCCGAGGUCUACAGGAACCUGCUGUUCCUCAAGAGCUACGAGGGGGACGUGGAGGAGCUGGGGCUGAACUUCACCGUGGUGAACAACGACCUGGGCGAGGCUCAGGUUGUGGAGCUGAAGCUGGGCGGGAAGGACAUCCCUGUGACCAGCGCCAACCGCAUCGCCUACAUCCACCUGGUGGCCGACUACCGGCUCAACCGGCAGAUCCGCCCGCACUGCCUGGCCUUCCGCCAGGGCCUGGCCAACGUCGUCAGCCUGGAGUGGCUGCGCAUGUUCGACCAGCAGGAGAUGCAGGUAUUAAUUUCCGGUGCACAAGUCCCCAUCAGUCUGGAGGACCUAAAAUCCUUCACCAACUACUCCGGAGGCUACUCUGCCGACCACCCCGUGAUCAGAGUCUUCUGGCGCGUGGUGGAGGGCUUCACGGACGAGGAGAAGCGCAAGCUGCUCAAGUUUGUGACGAGCUGCUCCCGCCCCCCCCUCCUGGGCUUUAAGGAGCUGUACCCCGCCUUCUGCAUCCACAACGGGGGCUCCGACCUGGAGCGGCUGCCCACGGCCAGCACCUGCAUGAACCUGCUCAAGCUCCCCGAGUUCCAGGAUGAGGCGCUGCUGCGCGGGAAGCUGCUCUACGCCAUCGAGUGCGCGGCGGGCUUCGAGCUGAGCUGAGCCGGGCCGGGCCGG